UUGUACAACUCCGAAUGCACUUACACCGGGCCCACAAGGGCCACUGCUGUGAAGCCCAACCAUGUGAAAAAGAUCGAGAUGCUGGAAGCUCGUUUGGCGCAGCUUGAGGCGCAAAACAGUCAGGGACAGUCUCUACAACAGACGUCUCCAAGCUCGGGGAUUCGCCCGAGUUCGGCGCUGCAGACCUUCUCCAGCUCGGAGGAAGAGCAGCUUUGGGGACUUGGAGGCGAUUCAGCAACUACAGAGUCACCAGCUUACUCAACAGACCAGGAUAGCAUUCACGUGGCGGGCAACAACUCCAAGACCUUGCCUCCUCUGCGGGUGGUCUUACCCGUCGUCGAGGACUACUUCGAAAAGUCGAACCAGGUGCUACCCCUGUUCGACAAGCAAGUCUUCAUGAAGAUGCUGCGCGGGUGGUAUACCUACCCAGCAUAUCGGAAAACAGACGCCUGGGCAGCCGUGAACAUCGUCCUCGCACUCGCUCAACGGCAUUCCUACGCCUCGAGUCCCCAAGAGACGCAGAAUAUGCAGCGCUACAUCAACAAUGUCCAGUCAGCCCUGAACGAGCUCGUCAUCGGCGAACCGGAUCUCCUGGCGCUGCAGGUCGUCCUCGGACUCGUUCUCGUCUUCCACGGAUCUUCGGACCCCCGCCCAGCUUCGAUGAUCGUCGCCACCGCCAUGCGCCUCGUCCAUGGUCUCAGACUCUACACCAAGAAUACACAUCCAGAUGAUGAAUACGAACCGGCGGAGAUUAUCCAGAGGCAAAGGGUGUUCUGGAUCGCGUACAUCCUGGACCGUGACUGUGCGAUGCGGACGAGCCAGCCGGCGAUUCACCAGGACGUCGACAUCGACGUGGACCUACCAGACCAAACACCCCCUGACAACGCAGGCAUCAUCGUCGGGUUCUCGGGCCAGGUCUUCAACUACUUCCGCUGCCGGGUGCAGCUCGCAUACAUCCAAGGCAAGAUCUACUCGAUGCUGAUAUCGGUGCGAGCCAUGAAGCUUCCCGAGGCCGAACGGCAACAAAACAUGGAACGACUGCGACAGAUGCUCGAGAACUGGGAGAAGACGAUCCCCGAAGAGUUUAAAGUGCAGACGGUCGCCGCGAUUGUGUCGACGGAAUACCUGAGAUAUCUGUGUCUGCUGCACUACACGCAUCUGCAGCUGAUCGCGACGACGCACUACGCGGACUCGCAUCAUUUGGAGUGGCUCCAGGAGAUUUUGAAUUGCAGCAAGAGACAGGCUCCGCAGAUUCUUCCGGAGGCCUUUGCAGAACAGCUUCCGACAUGCUGGGAGAAGCUUGUCGAGGAGGCGAGGACUUGUAUGCAUCUCUAUGCCGCAACGCCGGAAAAUGACUCUGCUCUUACUUGGCUAGUAUCGUGUGGUUACUUGACGAGCAUCAUGUUCAUCACGGUCAACAACCUGGCCAACCCUGAUCACUCAUGUCGAUUUACCGACCAGAGCAACGUAGAGUCGGCUUUACUACUACUCGAGAGACUCAUCAAGGCAACUGAUGACUACCGACUGAAGAAGAUCCACAGUGCCUGUAAGGAGCUGAACGACAAGGCCAGGAAUGCAGUGACGGCUCCGCCACCAACCGACUUCUUCGAUCCCCCUGGCUUGGAAUUUGGUGACGAGGACCCUUUGGACGAUGGACGGUGGGACUUGAUGGACGCCUCGUUCUGGGCCACGAAUGAAUUCGAGACAGUGAGCUAG